CUUCCGUGUCAUAUUGAGUAAUGCACUGCCAGCGACCUACAUCCGCCUGUGAAUCAUACUUUUAUUUGACGACCCCAGUGUCAUUAUCAGUAGCGAAAGCAAAAAUAGAAGGUAAGGGGUUUGAAGGCUGACUCUAUGCAGACGUACUCCACUUCUACAAUGCAGGCCACCCGACCGCAAAUGAUUUUGUGUAAAUAACCUGGUUACUAUUUAGAAAUGAAGACAGGGAUUCCUUGCUCUGAUCCCGUAUCAACAAUAAUCACGUUCUUUUUCACAGCAUUGCUAUGGAAGCAGAAUAAUGCAAAUUGUGAAGUGCAAGCCGUGGCAAAUGCUACACGUUCAUCUCAACAGACUCGAGUUGCAUACGGGGCAUGGGUCACCUACACCUGUCAAUUACCUUCCGUGCACCUGGCUGGCGACUUACAGAGGCGAUGUAUUAGUGAAUGGGAUAACGUUCAACGCAGAUAUCUGCACUACUUGAGUGGGAAUGCCCCUGUGUGUGGACAACCAAAUUUUGUUGUCAGCGUUUACCCAUACCAUAAUGCCCGUGGGGCCCAACCAGUGAGUACAUCAAGCCUUAGACAAUGCCUGGAAAGCUGUAAUAGGCCUACGUCUCCGCGAUGCUUUGCCGUUGACUGGGACAUCGGUACUAGUGCCUGCUGGCAUCACUCGAUCACCACUGCCUGUAGGAGGCCGCGUGCUUCAAACAACGUUAUGCAUUAUAAACUGAAAACCUGCGUUACGUGCAGUGCGACACCAUUUGACACCCGCUACAUCUACGCUGUAUCUCGAGCACGGUGGCCUGGAGAAUACCUAACGUACAGCUGUCAGUCUGGCUACAGUUUCAGAGAUGGAGUCAUUACAACAACCAGAACUGCCAUCUGUCAAAAUAACGGACACUACAGCACCCUCUCUACGUGCUACAGGACGUGUCAACCACCGGUGACCGGUGACAAUAUUCACGCCAGUAAAACAGGGACUAUAUACGGCCAUGACGUCAUCACUUACACAUGUUCCACUGGGUUCGAGCUGCCGUCUGGUGAGAGAACGGUGUAUGUCCUCUGCCAGCCAAAUGGCGUGCUAAAUACCACGUACAUUCCAAGCUGCCAGCGCGUUAGAUGCCAUCUCAAUAACCUCGGCCCUAAUACUUAUGCCGACGACUCUUAUUUAAACUAUGCAUCUUCAAGUGAUGUGUAUUGUAACAAAGGAUAUCAAUUUCCAAAUGGUGCCACUUCACUCAGAGUGAACUGUCAGCCAGACGGUGGUCUCUCUCCAUCCGUCCCUUCCUGUCAACUGAUAUAUUGUGCUAUUCCAUUGGUUCCCAAUGCUAUAACAAGCAAUAUCAGUAUUUUCCCCUUUAAUCAAAGUAUUACCAUCCAGUGCAGACAGGGUUUUCAGUUCCCAAGCAAUACGACGACUGCGGUGAUAAAAUGUGGCGAAAACAACAACUUCUCCCCAACUGUACCAAACUGUGUGAGAAGGCAAUGCCACAUUCCGGCAACAGAUCAGUGGUUCGAUCAAACUUCUAUUUUAACACCAGCCGCAGCUUAUUUCUUUGAGGACUUUGUAGAUGUCAACUGUCUUAAGGGGUACUCUUUCCCAAAUGGUGCGUCCCGAGAUAGAGUAACCUGUGGUGCAAACGGGUCAUUUACCCCUCAGUGCUCCAGGAGGAGGUGUGUCCUAGAGACUAACGACCGUGUAUUGUACAAGCCAGGACCUUAUUAUUAUGGAGACACCGUUAACCUGACAUGUCAGCCAGGAUACACGUUCCAAGAUGGACAAUAUUCUAUGCUCAUUUCUUGUGACGAGUUUGGUAGUUUUGGGAAUAUCUCCAUGUUCUGCAAAAGUCAGCCCGAAAUGUUACUUGCCAACGAGCAGACUGCUGCACAGAAAGCUGGGGUAAUAGGGGGCGUUGUUGCUGCCGUGACUGUUCUGCUUGUUCUUAUUGUGGCUAUUGUGUAUCUUGUAAGGCGAAGCAGGGGAACUGCCCAAACUAACAAGAAGAACACAGCCCAGACUAAAAUGCCGGACCAAAAUGCAGACUAUUCCGAACAUUUAAAUGCCAAUGAGCACAUCGCGGACUUUGCCGGAGAUCCGGGCUUUACGCAAAUUGAAGUAUAUGAACCGUCAAGUCAAGAACAAAUAGACCCACAAUAUGAAAAUACAUUCGGUGUGAUUGCGGCUACAUCGGACAUACCACACGAUGACUCUGGUUUGUAUGCAGUUCCAGACAAGCGAAAGAAAAUGAUAUCAAGUUACCACGAUGAGGGAGUAGAUAGCGACAACGAUGGCUUUUAUGACCUGGCAAAAGACCCGGAUGUUGCUGAUGACGUCGUCUUUGUUGAUAAUGACAUUUACGAAGCCGGCGAUUCUGAGAACGAUGACGUCUGAGAUACGAGAACAACGACUUUCAUUAAAAAAGAAAAAAGAAACGAUCUUCUCAACGACAAAUCGUCUUUACGUCCUAUUAUCGCUAUCAAAGACUUGUCUUUCUGACCGACACGUGCAUUUUAAAUGUCCUUGUUUUGUAAUGAUUGUUUUUGUGAUAUAACGACUGUGUGAUUUAACACUAGAGAGCAUUCCGUAGGAACAGUUUAUAAAUAUAUUAUUAUAUUAACAUUCAAUAGUUUACACCCUUUUGCGGUUAAGAACAUGCUACCAAAGAUAUAAGAGACUUUAGUUAGAAUAAUGCAUUUUAUUUUUGAUGUAUCUUGUCAUUUUACAUUUAUGUCAUUAACACUGAUUAGCAGGAAUUUCAUGCAACUAAUUA